AUCGGACCAUACCCCAUAAUCAGCGACAACAGUUGUGUCAGCCUCUCCAAUUCCAAAACAAAGCGCCGCUGCGCUGUAAAAUCGUUUAGCAUGGACUGCAUAAGCCAGAACUCCGUCAUACAGCGCGCCUUGCUUGCUCUAUAUGAGCACCCCGUUGCCUACAGCGUUAUCACAGCCGUCUUCAUUUCUGUAUUGUGUCGAAAGCUACUUUACAAACCCAGAAACUAUGCGUUGUUUCCAGUCUGGGCAACAAUUGAAGUCGCCAUCGCAAGUUAUCUUCUCCGUGGAGAUGGCAUCGGUCGACGCGUUUUCUCGGUAAUCCGACGAUAUGGAGGCUCUCUUUUCGGAAUCACCUCCACUCACCAGAUCCUUGUUGACUUCCCCGGGUUGGACCGCUUCAUGGCGCGGUCCCUCCACACGCUCAACGCCGAGCCGGUCCAGUAUACAAUCUUCACAAGGACUUUCGGCGGCGUAGACUCACCGGAGCUCAAAAGGAAGCUCAAGAAUUCAUGGAAAGAUCUUCUUGCGCCUAUUGAGCGGCUUUUUCUCAAUGAUGCCUCAGCCGCAGCUGCCUUAGACCGCGCCUGCGUCUUACAGCAAGCCGCAUCAUUUGUUAGUUUCUCCUCCUCUCCCGCUCAGAUGAAACGCUGGGAGCUCUCUGCCGGUAUCCGAGUUAUUCCGCCAGCGGAAUCCGGCAGUCCACACAAGGUUGAAGCCAACCUCCAGAGCUUGACACGGGAUUUUGGCGCCUGCAUGGCGAUUCCCCUGUUGUAUGGCCGCCAUUUCCUCGAUGGGAACCCAACCUUACUUGACGAUUUCUGGAAAUUUGACAAUGAGUUGUUUCCAUUGUUAAUGAUUGGUGUUCCCGAGUGGACUCCAUUGAGGAUCGUCAAAGACGGCUGCGCGGCUAGGGCACGGAUUUUACGUGAGUUGGAAGCCCUAUACCGUCGGAUCGACCAGUCCCAGUGUGGCGAGCCCGUGGAGUCAGGAAUCGACAUGUCUGACGUGAGCGGUGCUCUGUUUGAGCGAAGUCGGAUCUACAAACGCGAGGGAUGGUCCUUUCCCGAGCGCGCAGCAGGCGACUUUGCAAUCUUCUGGGGCCAAAAUGCAAAUACACACCCUUUGCUUUUCUGGUUCUUAGCCUACAUCUAUUCAACUCCUGGUCUGCUAGAUACACUUCGAGCGGAAAUAGCGCCCUAUACGUGCUUCGCCUCUUCUCAGGCCAAGGUUCCAGAAAUAACUUCGAUCGACUUCCCAGGUUUAUCAGCAAAUUGUCAACUCCUCAAGGCUUGCCUAUACGAGACAUACCGGUUGGUCAACGAACCAAUAUCAAUCCGCUACGUUGAACGACCGGUCACCCUCACAGAUGGCAGCCUCCAACAUACUUUAAAGACGGGAACCUGGGUCUCAGCCGCGCACUCACUCACACAGCAUAACGCUUCAAUUUUCGAUAACCCUGCCGAGUUCCGCCCGGAGAGAUUUCUCGAGACUGACCAAGUGUCGGGGAAACGAGUUGCGCGGUACGGCCGGCUGAGACCGUGGGGUGCUGGGGCGGCAAUGUGCAAGGGACGCACAUUUGCAGAAAAAGAGCUCACCUCGGCCGCUGCGUCAAUUGUGUCUCUGUGGGAUAUUGAGCCCGCCUAUGGGCAGGUCUGGAAGCUGCCCGGCAUGGUUCCCGGGACGGGGGUGAAGAGGCCUGUAAGAGAUAUCCGAGUGCUGAUUUCACGGCGACAGUCUAUAGUUGUUAAAGGAAACGACAUGUCUCCGAGCAAGGGUGAAAACCACGGGAAGCCCCUGGGAGUAUAG